GUCGAUACGGAGUAUAGAGCUGAUUGUUCGUUUGCGAUGUUCCUGUCCUAUUUGGCCCUGGGGGCUGCGGUUUUCCCGGCUUCCGGGCUUGCAUUGACACGCCCGGUUCGGAGAGAUGUAUCGUCUUCUCUUCUAGAAGAUUUCACCCGUUUCGCACAGUACUCUGCAGCCGCAAAUUGCGCAGCGAACCACAACGAGACGUCUCCGGGAUCAGCCGUCUACUGUGACGAUGGGAAGUGCCCUCUCGUGGCUGAAUCAGACACGGAGAUAAUCAAGGGUUUUUGGGAAUUAUCCCCCGGCGACACGACAGGCUACCUAGCGCUCGAUCGCACUCAGAAGCGCAUCGUGCUCUCAUUCAGAGGCACAGUGUCUGACGAGAACGGCGAGACAGAUCUGAAAUUCAAGCAUGUCGACGCCUCCGAUGCGUGCACGGGCUGUAAAGCCCACGAGGGGUUCUGGGAGGCCUCGAACGCCGCGAUCAAGAAUCUGACGUCGAGCGUUGAGUCCGCGGCGGAGGAGAACCCUGACUAUACAAUCACACUGGUGGGUCAUAGUCUGGGAGGUGCGCUCGCGACGCUGGGAGCUGUUUCGCUCCGAAAUGCCGGCCAUACUGUCGAUAUGUAUACAUACGGCGCACCAUCGGUAGGAAACUAUGCUUUUGCAAAGUAUAUUACCGAGCAGACGGCCGGAGAGAAUUAUCGGGUGACGCACACCGACGAUGAGGUUCCGAAGGUCUUGUAUCGCGCGUCGAGGGAGUGGCUGCUUCAUCUCGUGGUGCCGGAAUACAGUCAGUCUUCUCCUGAGUAUUGGAUCACUUCGGAGAAUGGCGUUAAGCCGACUGUCUCGGAUAUCGAGGUGAUUGAAGGCAUCAAUAAUGAAGACGGAAACCUGGGUCAGGGUGGAAUUACCUUGGAUGCUCAUGGGUGGUAUAUGGGGAAUAUGUCGGUUUGUGCUGAUACAUAGAUCGAUUUGGAUAUUUGUUUGGUGACUGUUUUGGGUUCAUUUGGUAUUGAGGAUAUAAUUAUUUCUGAUCUGGUUUAACUAAUCUGAGACGGAAGUACGAAACUUGA